UGGGAGAGGUGGUGGAGGGGGGCUUCAAACUAGCAAACUCGGCUACAGCAAUGAUGACACUACCAGCAAACCACCGUCACAUAGCAGUUUGGGAAAGAUGCUGCAGUCUAUCGUUGUUUCUCGCUCUGACAGUGUCCCUCGCCAGUCUCUGCAGAGCCGAGAGCACGAGCGUGAGGCUCCGAGACGGCUCCACGCAGUGGGACGGUCGAGUCGAGAUUCUCCUCAACAAGACUUGGGGCACUGUCUGUGAUGAAGGAUGGGAUCUCAAUGACGCUAACGUCGUUUGUCGGCAGCUUGGGUUUUCGCUUGCCGUCAAAGCGACGACAAUGUCAGCCUACCCAGCGGCAUCGCCAGAUGAGAGGGUGUGGAUUGAGGGAGUGGAGUGUGAGGGAGGGGAGGGGGACAUUGGGGAGUGUGGGAGGAUGGGAGAAUGGGGAGAGGUGAGCAGUGACUGCAUGGAUCAUAGCAGAGACGCUGGAGCUAUCUGUGCAGAUGAUUCUGAGGCUCUGAGUGUGCGUCUAGUAGGCGGAGCCUCAGAGUGGGAGGGACGAGUGGAGGUGUUCUUUGGAGACGUGUGGGGCGGAGUUUGUGACGACGGUUGGGGUGUGGGGGAAGGAAGUGUCGUUUGCCGGGAACUUGGGCUUACCCUUGACACCCCUCAACACCAACCAACCAGUGGGGAGUUUGGUGAAGGGGAGAGUGUGAUUUGGCUGGACGACGUGGUGUGUGGUGGAGAAGAAAUGAAGCUUGCUGACUGCUCACACGCUGGCUGGGGAGAGCACAACUGUGUGCCUUCAGAGAACAUCGUACUUCGAUGUACCUGCUCUCUAAGACUAUCACCAUUAAGAACUCUGGACAGGCCUUGGGCUGGAGUAGUGGAAGUCUUUGCUAACGAUGAAUGGGGCAGGGUCUGCUCUGAAGACUGGGGACUGAGUGAGGCGAAUAUUGUCUGCAAAAACCUGGGUUUUGAGGGUGCUCUUGAGGCAAGGGGUGAGGUCUCUGAUCCACAGACUGACCUCUACUGGCUGGCAGGGGUUAACUGCAGUGGGUCUGAGACUGGAUUAUGUGACUGCCUCAUUCCGAAUGGAAUCACCAACAGUAACUGUGCCGACAACAGUGAUGCUGGAGUCCUGUGUCAAAGUGUACCAGGUGAACCCUAUGAGUUCCGGCUGGUGGGCGGAGUCAGGCCGUGGGAGGGGAGGGUGGAAGUGAGUGUGAAUGGAGAGUGGGGGACGGUCUGUGCUGUGGAUCCAGACUUAACUCCAAAAGAUUUUGAUGUCGUUUGUCGUCAACUCGGAUACAAUGGAGCUCUCAUUACCUACAUUACAACUCCUUUUGGAGAGGGGACAGGAAUGCAGUGGUUUCAGAAUUUCAACUGUGUCGGGAACGAGGAAAGUGUGUUGGAUUGUCCUCGUGAGCGAGGAGUUGGGGAUAUUGCUGACUACUGUACCCAUCAUUUUGAUGGCUCCGUUAUCUGUCAAGCUAAUAGUGGGAUCUCUGAAGAAGAGUAUUUGGCACCGCUUCGUCUGGUGGGUGGGGCUACUCCCUACGAGGGGCAGCUACAAGUUCUGUACAACGGUCGCUGGGGGAAGGUGUGUGGAGACGGGUUUGACCUGGCGGCAGUCGACAUUGCCUGCUCACAGCUAGGCUAUGGUGCAGUGCUGAAUUUCAAUAACCAGCUUUUUGAUGCUGUACCCGACAUGCCUGGCCCCGUUCCAUUCUGGCUCGAUGAUCUAGCCUGUCGUGGGAAUGAGAAAGCUCUGUCGUUCUGUCCCCAUUCCAUGUGGGGUAAACAUGACUGCAGUCAAAACCAGGCCGUUGGACUUGCCUGUGCCGAGCCCGAUGUGGACCCCCAUGACCUUCGUCUAGUGGAUGGUCAGACGGAAAAUUCCGGAAGACUUGAGGUUUUGUAUGGAGGAGUAUGGGGAACAGUCUGCGGAAUUGGGUGGGACCUGGAUGAUGCAGAUGUCGCGUGCCGACAGCUCGGUUUCCUUGGAGCCCUCACGUUGCUUGGCAACGAUACGAUCUCCGAGGGUGUGGGUGUGGUCUGGUUGGAGGGAGUGGGUUGCCAUGGGAACGAGAGUCGCCUAACGGAGUGUCAGUUGUCAGGAUGGGGUCUGUCCCAGUGCGACCAUACCCAAGAUGUUGGGAUCACAUGCGAUGAUUUGGAACCGUCUGCCACCCUGUCUGUGACCACACCCACUUCUACAUCGACCACACCCACCAUGUCUCUAAUGAUGCUCCUUCCACUUCCUUCGUCCACACCCACUGAUAUGCCAGUGACCACAGCUGCUGACAAACAUUCCCCUUUGAUGACCACACCCCAAACCACACCUACUUCCGUUCUACUGUCUACCAGUCUUUCGGAACCUUUUCCCAAGACAACAUACGCAGUCUCGACUAAAGCCACACCCACUGAAGACCUUUCGACCUCUGACGGAAACAAUGUGAUCCAGUCUCCAGUGGUUGUCAUAGGAGGCAGCACCCUUGGAGCGAUAUUUGCAGUUUCCGUCACAACAAUAGCAAUCAUCAUUAUCUUCCUUCUUGUACGCUUGAGAAAGAAGGGAAGAGUUAAGAUCUAUGACACGGUUGGUGGAAGGAGAGUUCCUUCCAGUAGAACGCUGGAGCGUUCUCCCUCCUUAUCCUCCUUCUCUACUCACCCUCAACACACACAAGGGAUAGAGGAUGAAGCAGACAGGUCUACAAAUAUCGGCAGAGAAGGGACAGAUGGAGGCAGAUCAAUUCUGCAACAUUUUCUGUUGUCUCAACCAGAACCCAACAUCUAUUACGAAAACCCUUUGGCCUCCACUACUGAUGAUAGCGAGCCUGCGACACCAAGUCAUGUGACUGAGGCCACACCCACUACUCUCCCGGAAUCUAACUCGGACAUGGAGAUGAGGUCCCUACCGAAGAAGAUGAACACAACUUCCAACUCCACUGUAGCCACGUUUGUCUAAUGUACUUUCCCAGAGUUUCAGAGUUAAGCGCGUG